UUAGAGAGACUCCUUGGGACCGGGCAUCCGCAGAACAAUGUCUGUUUCUGUUCAAUUCAGAGUGGUUAUUGCACGCUGUUCUUCCCGCUAGGCAGUACGUCUUUUUCACAGCUCCAUUGGGACUAACAGAGCCUUUGAAUCCAAUUGAUGACAUAAGCACCUGAACAAAAGUCCUCUACAUUCAGUGAGAAAUUGGACUUUCAGGCAAAGGGGGUGAAAGGAAGAGUUGGAGCAUAACACCUCAGAAUCAUGAGACGAACUGGGACAUCAUCUUUCCUCUUCUGCGCUCUUCAACUCACAGUGUUGUUGGCAGUUUUCUCAUCUGAAAUAAAAUUUGUUACAGCUGGGAAUUCAAACCCAAGCCUCGGAACAAACUCUUCCAUUGGCAACCAAACUAAUAAGAAGUGUGAUUCAGUGGAUACUGAAUGCAAAGUGGGUGUCAUUCUGCCCAUAUGGUUACCAGAGAACCCAUCCUUUGGUGAUAAACUGGCAAGAGCCACAGUUUACUUUGUGGCCUUGUUUUACAUGUUCCUGGGGGUCUCUAUUAUUGCGGAUCGCUUCAUGGCAUCCAUCGAGGUAAUUACAUCACAAGAGAGGGAGAUCACCAUCAAGAAACCAAAUGGCGAAAAAGUGACAACCACUGUGCGUAUAUGGAAUGAGACGGUGUCCAACCUGACCCUUAUGGCCCUGGGUUCCUCAGCCCCGGAAAUCCUACUGUCCGUCGUUGAGGUGUGCGGUCACAACUUUGACGCAGGUGAUCUGGGCCCGAACACAAUCGUUGGUAGUGCUGCCUUCAACAUGUUCGUUAUCAUUGGAUUCUGUGUUUCUGUCAUUCCUGAUGGAGAGCACCGGAAAGUCAAACAUUUGAGGGUAUUUUUUGUUACCGCCACCUGGAGUAUAUUCGCGUACACCUGGCUUUAUCUCAUCUUGGCUGUCAUCUCUCCGGGCAUCGUACAGGUGUGGGAGGGCCUUGUCACACUGUUCUUCUUCCCAUUGUGUGUUGGGAUGGCCUACGUCGCGGAUCGCAGACUUCUUGUCUAUAAGUACAUGUACAAACGCUACCGCGCAGGGAAACGAAGAGGGGUGAUCAUUGAGACGGAAGGGGAGGCGCAAAUACCUUCAAAGAUGGACAUUGAAAUGGACGGGAAAAUGCUCAACUCAGAGAGCUUCAUGGACGGAGCGAUGGGUUUAGAUGAGAAGGACCUGGAUGAGGAGGAGGCUAGAAGGGAAAUGGUCCGGAUCCUGAAGGAACUGAAGCAGAAGCAUCCAGAGAAGGAGACGGAGCAGCUGAUAGAACUGGCCAACUACCAGGUAUUGACACAGCAGCAAAAGAGUCGCGCCUUCUACCGAUGCCAGGCUACCAGGAUCAUGACGGGAGCAGGGAACGUACUGAAGAAGCAUGCAGCAGACCAAGCCAGGAAAGCUGUUGGUGCGUACGAGAUCCGCUCCGAAGUUUCUGAGAAUGACUUUUCGUCAAAGGUCUUUUUUGACCCCGGUACAUACCAGUGCUUGGAGAACUGCGGUACAGUAGCCUUGAAUGUAGUACGCCUUGGUGGGGACUUGACUAACACUGUUUCAGUGGAAUACCGUACCGAAGACGGCACAGCCAAUGCUGGAUCGGACUACCAGUUCACUGAGGGCGUUGUGGUGUUCAACCCCGGUGAGACUGAGAAGGAGAUCCGGAUAGACAUCAUUGACGAUGACAUCUUUGAGGAGGAUGAGCAUUUUCUGGUCCACCUUAGCAACGUGAAGGUCAUAUCGGAGGGCACUGGCUACGUACAACCAAGGGCUAAUCACUUGGACACUUUGGCGGGCCUUGGCCUACCCUGCUCAGCCACCGUGACUAUCUUUGACGAUGACCAUGCCGGGAUCUUUACUUUUGAAGAACCGGUAAUGACCAUAAGCGAAAGUAUCGGCAUGAUGGAAGUAAAGGUUCUUCGUACCUCAGGAGCGCGGGGUCUAGUGGUCGUACCCUACAAGACCAUGGAGGGUACAGCAAAAGGAGGGGGAGAAGACUUUGAAGAUACGCACGGAGCGCUGGAAUUCCAGAACGAUGAGAUUUUCAAAUCUAUACAGAUCAAUAUAAUCGAUGACGAGGAGUAUGAGAAAAACAAGAACUUCUUCCUUGAGAUGGGAGAGCCUCAGCUGCUGGAGAUGAGUGAGAGGAAAGCUGUGUUGCUUCAAGAAAUUGGUGGAUUCGUGAAGACAGACAAAAGGCUUUAUGGCAGGGACGUCUACCGGAAAGUGCAGGGUAGGGAUAACCCUGUCCCUGCCACCAUUAUCAGCCUUGCAGAGGAAGGGGACGAGGAAGCUCUCUCUAAAAAGGAGGAGGAGGAACGCCGCAUCGCUGAGAUGGGCCGGCCCACCCUGGGGGAGCACGUCAAACUGGAAGUCGUCAUCGAGGAGUCGUAUGAGUUCAAGAACACAGUGGAUAAACUGAUUAAGAAGACCAACUUGGCUCUAUUGAUUGGAACCAAUAGCUGGAGGCAGCAGUUUAUGGAAGCUAUCACAGUCAGCUCUGGCGAUGAUGACGAGGACGAGUGCGGCGAGGAGAAGCUGCCCUCCUGCUUUGAUUACGUCAUGCACUUCCUCACCGUCUUCUGGAAGCUCCUGUUCGCAUUUGUGCCGCCCACCGACUACUGGAAUGGCUGGGCCUGCUUCGUGGUCUCCAUCAGUAUGAUUGGCCUGCUCACCGCCUUCAUUGGAGACCUGGCCUCCCACUUUGGCUGUACCGUGGGCCUCAAGGACUCCGUGACCGCCGUGGUGUUUGUGGCGCUCGGGACAUCUGUGCCAGACACAUUUGCCAGCAAGGUAGCUGCAAUCCAGGACCAGUAUGCCGAUGCCUCCAUCGGCAACGUAACGGGCAGCAAUGCCGUCAACGUCUUCUUGGGCAUCGGCGUGGCCUGGUCCAUCGCUGCCAUCUACCACAAUUCCAAGGGCAACGACUUCCGGGUGGACCCGGGCACCCUGGCCUUCUCCGUCACCCUAUUCACCAUCUUCGCCUUUGUCGCCGUGGCCGUGCUCAUGUACCGGCGCCGGCCCGAGAUUGGUGGCGAGCUGGGUGGGCCCCGUGGCCCCAAAAUCGCAACCACCUGUCUCUUCUUCAGCCUGUGGCUCAUGUACAUCGUCUUCUCCUCCCUGGAAGCGUAUUGCCACGUCAAGGGCUUCUAACUUCUCUAUAAAGUAUCUGAAAGCAAGAUUCAAAAAGGGAUCAUUAAAAGAUCUUCGAAAGCUUCUUAGUCUUUGAAAGCUUCUAUAAGGUCUAAUAAAGCUAUUCAAAAGUAUUUGAAAGCUUCUAAAGUAUAUUUUAAAGCUUUUUAGUCUUUUAAAAGCUUCUAAAAUAAAUGUUAAUGCUUCUAAAAAGAACCACUUUAUUGACAUCCUACGCCAUUGACUUCCAUGUCCCUUUAUCCUAAAUCUAACAUCCAUGACUCUGCAUACCCUUCUCGUCCUAUGCUUAAGCCAUCUACUGCCACAUCCAAGACAUCCAAAGCAUCCACUACUACAACUAAGGCCUCUGAACCAACACCAGCCGGAUGUUUGUUCUCUAGCUCCUUCAAUCCUGUUGUUGCAGCUUUAUUUUAAAUUGAAGCUAUCUGUUGACUUUCAUUGGAUCAAGACUCCUAAGGCUGUGUAUCCAAAAUGUACUUUCAGAUGAAGCAAAAACGUGUGCUUGUUUGGUUAUACAGAACUUCAAAGCUGGGCAUAAAAGUGCUGCUGGUUGGCGUCCACAAUUUCUGUUCCCCCCCCCCCCCAAAAAAAUAGACAAAUUUGUCAUAAUAUUCCUUUAGCCAGAAACGUGAGUGAUUGUUUAAAUGCAAAGAGCAUAUGGAUGAAAAAUGCAUAGUUACUUAGGUAAAAACUUGAAUGAGGCUAUAGCUCAUUUUAUGUCUACACUGUACUGUUGCAGUGAUGACUGUACCUCUAAUAUUAUAGAAACAAAAAAAAACUUUCCUUACAAGAAGCAUGUCUUGAUAUAAAAUGUCACUAAUGCACAUGUUACAUAUUAUAAUUUUUCCCCCACUAAACAUUUAUCAGCAACAAUACUAUGACACUAGACAAGUAGAGUGUGGACUACAAUACACCGAGAUCUUUUGUUAAAAGGUGAUCUAAAUGUUCCCUAAAAUGCAUUUACCACAAUUUACAAAUGAAAUAUCAUUGUAAAACAAAAAAUUAACUGCGUAAAUUGAAAUCAACAAGUUGUUUUAUCAACAAAAAAAAUCUAAUUGGAAGGAAUGAGCCUAGAUAUUAUUCCGUGAAAGAUUUUAGAAAAUGUUUUUAGGAAAAUGAACCAACCUUUUCUAGCGUGGUUGGACAGGUUGAAGCUCUUUUGAUAUUCUUAUCAGACCUCUUAUGACAAGUAUUAUAUCCUAUACAGUAUGGAUUUUCCAUUUUUGGGUGAAUAGGGCUUUUAAGACUUCUAUCAUACUGCAGUAAGAAGAUAAAGUCCAGAAAAUAUAUAGUAUGCCAUGGAUGGGCAACUUUUGUAGGCCUGCGGACCAAUUACACUUAAAAAAAAAUUAUUUUAAUGAUUAGGAGUUUAGUCGGGGUCUCAACUCACUGUUGAGGGUUAGAAUAAAGAAUACACAAGAUGCAAUUUAGAAAUGUGGUUGUGCAUCAGCAGUCACUCAAUUAGCCCAUGUCAGCUAAAUGUUUUUUGAUUGGUAAGUGACCAGCUAUCUAAACUUGUAGUAAGCAUGGUUGAAUUACCGACCGGCGUGGGGCCCUUUGAUCAUCAGUUAUCAUAUUAAAACUGCUGAUAUUUGCAUCCACCCUAUGGUAAAAUGUGUAGAAUUUCAGGAAAUGAGUUAUAAAAUAAAAAUAUAUUCUCUCUGCCCAGUGGCAAAAUGUGUAGAAUUGCAGAGAACAUGCUUUAAAAAGGUAAUAUUUUCUCUACACCCCAUGGCAAAAUAUGUAGAAUUGCAGGAAAUUAACUUUUAAACUUCAAAUGUUUCUCUUCGCUGUCACAGGGGUGCUUUGCAGACCCACGAACCACUGCAGCCCCUCAUGAUGAGUUCCGUUGUCCAUCCCUGUAGUAAACUAUCAAGAUCUCCAACACAGAGACUGCCAAUCCCUUUAUAUAUGUGAUGUCCAUUGCAUCUUUCAUUUUGUCUGUUAACUAUCACAGGUGACAGACAAAACAACACAAACUCUACAGUUGUGCUUCUUUCAUAGAAAAGUCAUCAAAAAUGUAUUGCGUGUCAAGUUUUGUCAUACGUUGUUGUUGAUUCUUUGUCCAGGUGUGCGGCGAUGUUCACUUUAGCGCUGUGGUGAGCAUAGUGUGCUAGUGUUAACUCUGACUGAAUAAUCCUCAAUGUUGGAUUAUCAAUGUGCUAAUUGUAAACUAUAUGCAUGAGUGUAAACAUAACUGUAUAUCAUAAGCCGUAGUUAUCAUUAACAUUAGGGGACACAUUUUAAUAAUGAGUAGUAAUGGAUUUGGGUUCAUUGAGUUUGUUUUUGUGUGUUUGCUCCUAGAACAAUGUUAUCUGAAAGACUACACUUCUUUAAAGUAAUGGGAACAAAUCAUUUCUUAUUUGUAUGAAAGGCAAUAUCUCAUACUCUUGUGUUGAUGAAAUAGGUAUUUGUACUGUCCAAAACUAUAGUUUGCUGAUGUCAAGUUUGCGGAAAAGACGAAGCAGUACUUAGUCUGUGUUAUCUGUUUUUGUAUAUAGUGUACAGUGUUGUCAAAGUGAGGUAGUUGGCCUCAAUGUUGAAAAUAUAAGAUUCAAGCUAUUUAUUUUCCUACCCUUUGGGGACACAAUAAUAGCUAAUGUUGCCUUCCAGGGGAGCCACGUUUGAAUUGACUUUCUCCCCUCUAUUUUCCUGAAUGAGUCUGGGUGAUUCUUGUCCUUGUUGAGGUAUUUUGAUCCUUUCUUGCGAUGGAAGUUGUCUUGUCGUCAAUACAUUCAGGGGCCAAAACGGAUACUACAUACCUACUACAGAGUGAAUUCAGCCAAAUCUAAAAGAAAUAAGCAUCACUUUACCAGUACUGUGUGAAUGUAUGGUAU